AAUACAACCAAAGCUGGGAAACAGGAGACGUGUUUAUAUCCACAGACAACUCUAGCAGUUCUCAGAAGGAAAUUCUGGGAAAGGAAUAGCUACCUCUCACCACAAUGUCAAUCAUGAAUGAAAACCGCUUGGCUAUCGACAUUCUCUUGUGUAUAUUCUGUGGAGCAAGUGCACUGGCAGCCUUCAAUCCAACUCUGUCUUCAUCCCUGCCAUCGACCAAUUUAACUGAUAUUGGCUCCGCGCCUCCUAAAUACUUCACCGAGGCUGCAAACCUUCCCAAAACCAGACGGAAGCGUUAUAUUUCCCAGAAUGACAUGAUUGCCAUUCUUGAUUAUCAUAAUAAAGUCAGAGGAAAGGUUUCCCCCCCAGCAUCAAAUAUGGAGUAUAUGGUGUGGGAUGACACUCUUGCAAAGACAGCUGAGCAAUGGGCAUCCACAUGUAUUUGGGAGCACGGUCCUCGCAGUCUUCUCAGAUUUCUAGGCCAGAACCUUUCAGUCCGAACAGGAAGGUAUAGGUCCAUUUUGCAGCUGAUGAAGCCCUGGUAUGAUGAAGUGAAGGAUUACUCUUUUCCCUACCCUCGAGACUGCAAUCCCAGAUGUCCCCUUAAGUGCUAUGGGCCUAUGUGCACUCAUUAUACACAAAUGGUGUGGGCAACCUCAAAUAAAGUAGGAUGUGCCAUCAACACUUGCCAUAAUAUGAAUGUCUGGGGCUCAGUAUGGAAGAGAGCAACAUACUUGGUGUGCAACUAUUCUCCAAAGGGGAACUGGAUUGGAGAGGCUCCAUAUAAAGUAGGUGUUCCUUGCUCCAUGUGCCCUCCAAGCUAUGGAGGAUCAUGCAGUAACAACAUGUGCUUUCCUGCUGUAAACUCAAAUUACCUGCACUGGUUCUAAUAAACACAGACAGACAGAAUGCACAUGCCUCAUCACAGAGACACUCUCCUUGAUGGGAAUUUGCACAACAUUCCUGCAUCACCCUGUUUUGUACAUAUGGGCCAUAUAUAGGACCAUAGUUGUAAGGCAGCAAGUGUUUUCAUUUUUUAAGAAAUGUGUACAUAAAUUAUUUUACAAUGUUUAAACUAUGUAUUGGAAAUACAUUUUAUUUCCUGAGAGGGACUGUACUGUGAUCAGUCGAGACAUGAUUGGUGCUUACAGUUUUCAGAGUAACUGCAGUCAGUUACCACUAUGAUAGCAUUAGACUUGACUCCCAUUAAGCAUUGUUGGCAAUUCUAAUAUUUCAAAUUGUCUGUAGUCCCAGACUUGGUUUAAUGGGUGUCCAGAAAACCAAACCUCAAGAUAUUCUGUUGGAUUCAUAGGUAAAGACAUUGUUGAACGUGUCUGAAAGGUCAACCCUGCUGAAAAGAUGCUGGUUUAAACUGGUCUUCCAGCCUGGCCAGGCUGGUCUGUUGGCUGGUUUUGGGCACUUUUCAGCUGAAAGACUAGUGAGACCAGCUAAGGAGACCAGCUUAAACCAGCUAAGACCAGCAAACCAGCUUAAAUAUAUAUCUUAUGUUUAAGUAAAGAUUGAUCAACUGACAUUGGGUCAAGUAGUCUGCUUUGUUUUGUGUCAUAUUUAUUAACCCUAAGGGUUGAAUUUUGGUGCUUCAGAUGAAAUAUUAAGCUUCUCUUGAAUUGGAGUGUAACACAACAGUACUCCACUGCUAUGAUUUACUCACUGGCGUCCUCAGUGAUGCUUUGCUUUGGGUCUUCUCUCUUGGAAUGUUUCCAGAUGCUAAAAGCGUAAAGCCUGCAAAAGUGUGUUGGGGCUUAGAAAUUGUGAAAUGUAGAUUAGGCGUAAUUUGAAAAACCUUGAGAUUUUGCAACCUCAGCAUGUUGUAAGGCAGAGCAUUGAACAAGAUGGCUAAUCGUGUUGUACCCUCAUGGAAUGUUUUAUAUGUAAUCGCACCUUACAUUUUUUUUUAUUUUUUUUUUUUAUGUAUUUGUAAUUAGAAGGCUUUUAUUGUUGGAGAUUUUAACUUUUGUACAUACAUUUAUCAUAAAGUUAGCAAUGUGCUCGGUGUAUUACAGUGGCACUCUGUUUGGGAAAAUGCAUUGCAUUGUGUUGAUUUUACUAAUGUCUUUUUGAACUGCAUCACACAAGCACUUAGGGAAUCUAGCAGGCACUACUUUGCAGCAAUGUGCAUAUAGAGGUGAUUUUAAGGGCCAUACCUUUUCCCUCUACAGAUUUAGGAUGUCCAACAUGACAUCAGUGCCAUUGUAUGACACAUUCUGUUCAUGAAUUUGAAAAAUUCUCUGAAGGCUAGUUCACACUGCCCCAACAAACAUCAACAAACACUCAACCGUUUUUGGGUUUUGUUGGAUCAGUGUGUUGACCCUGUUGGCAUUUGUUUGGGCAGUGUGAAUAUGUUUCCCAACAUUUUAAAUCCAGCAGCCAACUUUAGAAUGUUGGAAAAGUUGGCGUUUGUUGAACAAGGUAAACCAGCUUUCAUGUUUUUUUUUAUUUAUUUAUUUAUUUUUAUGAAAAAAUCUUUGAUCUUUAUAGACCUCUUUUUUUAUAUAUAACAUGUUAUGGUGCUAGAUUUCAUGAACAAUGUAAAUUUGUGGUUUGCACCAACUGCUAAGAUACCAUAUACCUAUGUAUGUUAGUAACUAUUUUUAGUAACUAUUUAUCAUCUAAAAUCAGCUGUACAUAGCCUUUUUAUACAAAUCUAUUUUAUUAUAAACCAAGUGUUUAUAUCUGUUAUUUAAAUGUGCCCAUUUGUGCACCAUUGCAAAGCUAGACUUAUUAAAUAUUCCUGUUAUUACCACAGCUUUCAAACGACUCCCAUUACUAACAUAUUUUUAUGGUAAGAGCUUCUGAGAAGCCAGAGGAGUUCUGGAUCAAGGCUAGAUGCAGAAAGAGACACCAUCAGUGCUGGCUGCAUGAGUCUUGAAACCAUUGCCUUGGACUUUUUGGCCUGCAAGCAAAAACAAAUGCAUUCAAACCAAAACUGUUAUUUUAGGUUUAAAUAUUAUUUGAAAUAUACUAUAAAAAAAACAUGUUGACCAAUUAAAUUAAUGUUGUAUUUAUGAUUUUUUUAAUCAGGCUGCUUG